UUGGUGAAUCAAGUUGGAUGAGACAAGUUUUGUUGCUGGAUCAGCUUUUCGGGCAUAUAAUUAUCGGUUAUAAACAGUCACUGGCAAAGAUUGAUUGAGCGGUAUUACGCGGACACUGAAUAUUGUAAUUAGCCUGCGAGGGUUCCCAACAAGAGUCGGGGAAGAGUUUCGUACUGGAACGGAUGACUGGUACCGGGGUCCGGUCAGCGAGCCCGCCUCUGCUUCUUGUGCCCGGCCCCCGACCCACGUUGGUGGGGAGGAGAGAUGCUGAAGUCGGCGAGUUGGAAGUCGAAGCCACAGGCAGCGUUGUCGGGCCGUGACAGGCUCCGGGAACGGCUGGGCGACUUGUGGCAAGAAAAGCACUGGAUCUUGUUCAAGCCGCGGUUCACAGUGCCGGUGGCCGUCUGCCUCUGGGUCGCCGAGAUCUGCGUCAACCUCUGGGUCAUCCAUAGGGUGCCUUACACAGAAAUCGACUGGAAAGCUUACAUGGAUGAAGUGGAAGGUGUAAUUAAUGGAACAUAUGAUUACACUCAGUUAAAAGGAGACACAGGACCCCUAGUUUAUCCCGCAGGUUUUGUUUAUGUCUUCAUGGUGCUGUACUACAUCACAGAUCAUGGAGUGAACAUUCACCUUGCACAAUACGUGUUUGCCAUUUUCUACCUCUUCACGCUACUGUUGGUCUUUAGGAUUUACAAUCAUACAAAAAAGGUUCCACCAUUUGUGUUUUUCUUCAUGUGCUGUGCCUCCUAUCGGAUCCAUUCUAUCUUUAUCCUUCGACUCUUUAAUGACCCUGUUGCCAUGAUGAUCCUCUAUGUGGCUGUGAACUUCUUUCUGAACAAUCGCUGGUCACUAGGCUGUUGCUUCUUUAGUUUAGCUAUUUCCAUAAAGAUGAACAUUUUGCUCUUCGCACCAGGAUUGUUAUUCCUUCUCCUCUUUGAGUUUGGAUUGGUGCGGACCAUCCCAAAGCUAGGCAUCUGUGCUGCUUUGCAGGUGGUGCUGGGUUUGCCCUUCCUGAUGGAAAAUCCUGUUGGAUAUAUAGCAAGAGCAUUUGAUCUUGGUCGCCAAUUUCUCUUCAAGUGGACAGUGAACUGGCGCUUCCUGCCUGAGAGUGUCUUCCUCAGUCGUUACUUCCAUCUUGCACUAUUAGUGGCACAUCUGACUGUUCUGCUUCUCUUUGCAAUCUGCAGGUGGAACAAAUCUGAAGAGGGAAUGCUUUCACUUCUGAAGGCCCCAGAAAAGAGACAAUCACAACACAAGCCUUUAACUGCAAAUCAAAUUGUAUUUGUUCUCUUCACCUCAAAUUUCAUUGGCAUCUGUUUCAGUCGAUCACUACACUACCAAUUCUAUGUUUGGUACUUUCAUACUCUGCCAUACCUUCUAUGGAGCACACAUGUGAAAAAACUUGCUCAUCUCCUCAAAGUUCUUAUUUUAGGACUGAUUGAGAUGUCAUGGAAUACAUAUCCCUCAACUGUGUACAGCUCUAUCUCACUCCAUGUGUGUCACGUAAUUAUUCUGCUUUCUCUCUGGUACGGCCAUGCUGAACCUGAGAAGGGUACACCAAAUGAAGACCAGGAUUUAUUGAAAAAGAAGAAAUGAUCGAAUGGACUUGGAAUUGGGCUCCAGCAAGCAAUAAUAAUUUCAUUAUUAAUAUCACAGAGGGAAAACUUUAAAAAAAUAUAUUUAAAAAAAAAUGAUGGCCAGUAGCUGCUGCUCUGAAGUAUUAAGGAUUUGUCCUGGAUCCACUGGGGACUCCUCAAACAAAUUCAAUGAUGCCUGUAACCUUGAUUUCUGAAUGUCACUUUGCAGUCCAGUGAGGUUUUGUGCUCGCUGUCUUCUAAAGCAUGAGGUGCAGAGGACUUUAGGCCUGAGGAUGGACAGAUCAACACUGCACUUACCUGUGGAACAGUGCACGUUAAUAGCUUUAAGUUAAUUUUUCUUCAUAGUGUGAUUUUUUUUUCCAAUUCCAGAUGUGUUUACUUUCACUUCCUAGCAUGCACAAAAUAUUCCUUUAGAAGGUCUGUGAAAUAAAAUAAGUGGCAGUAUCAAGAAUUCAUUUUUAAAUGUGUAUAAUAGUUUUUCAUUUUUCUUUAAAGAAUGGUUUUUGUUUAAAUGAUUGUAUUUGAAUUAUUCUCUAAUUAAAUAAUGAAAUAGAUUUCAGUUUAACAGAACUCCAAUUAUACGAGUCUUUAUGGCAGAACCAGAAUGAAAGCAGUAACAAACUGUCAUGCUUAAAUGGGAUUUCCAUAUGUUGUCCAUUCUGAGUUGUAGGUUACUCCUAUAUUUGUCCUGUGGGGUUAGGAAAUCUAUACAUGUGAGAUGUAAGUGGAGAAAGCUAUAGAAUCAUUUAUAGAACAAGAACUGACAUUUGAGUAAAGGUCAGCCAUGCCAGUGGGUGGUUGUCUGUUGUGUAUAUUGACAGCAAACCUAUGUGGGAGUUUCUUUUAGUGUUACAGCCAUUGAGGUUAAGGGUAAAAUGUGAAAAGUUUGAGGGAAACAUGAGGGUGAGCUUCCUUAUUCAAUGUUGUGAGUGUGGAACAAGCUGCCAGUACAAGUGGUACAUGCAAGCACGAUUUCAACAUUUGAGAAGUUUGGAUAGGUAUGUGGUUGGUAGGGGUAUGAUCCUCCAAGUGCAGGUUGGUGGAGUAGGCAAUUUAAAUGGUUCAGCACAGACUGGCUUGUUUCUGUGCUGUACUUUUCUAUGACUAAAUGGGGACGUUCCACAAUCUCCACCUCAGAGUCCAUGUCCAGUGGUACAAGUAGUCCUCACAACUAGGGUUUUCCAUGGGUGCCCUGACAUUCCCUUUGUUCUCUACAAAGCUUUGCAGGGCUGCUUUCCCGACUGUCGGAUCUCACUGUUAUCUCAUCUGCCCAGUCAGUUGGAGCUGACUUUACCUGCUAGGAGAGGCAUGUCCCUAUCUCACUGGGGAAUGAGGCCUCCCAGCUACCCUUGCAUUUAGUCCAUCUAUUGAAGUGGUGUACUGGGGUGUGACCACUGGCAUGCAAGCAUUUCUUGGAGCUGCUGUUAAGAACUGAGUUCCAGUGGGACUGAAUGAAUGAACUGCCCCAGAAUGGAUAAGACAAGCCCCUUCAGAGGUGCUACCUCUCCCUAGACACUUCAUUCAAUGAACCAUGCUGGUAGUUAUUUUUAAAGGAAAAGUGUUCUAAGAUGUGAUGCAUAAUUUCCAAUUAAUGCCAAAGUGGACUAUGUCUCGAACAAUUUAGGUAUGUUUAUGAUGUGUCUAAAAAAUAUUGCUAAAUAAGUUAAAUUUGUAACUAAAAGGAAAUUUGAAAAAAAAUUGGUAUACAAUUUAAAAAAUAGUCUUCAUUACAACAGAAAUAUCCAGUUCCUGUCCUUGAUUUGCAUUUUUAAAUCUGUAGCUAUAAAAAUCAUGUCUCCACUGGAUUGUGGUACAUAGAAAAUAACUUUACUACUACCCUGAGUCUAUGAAGUCUUCUGGGGAGUUUCUUUUAGUUGUUCCUUGUAAAUCUGUAAUUUUGAGGUCAUAACAUUUUAGCCAUUAUAAAAGGUACUAAUCACAGGAAACAUGCAAGGACAGAAGAUCCAUGGUGCUUUUCCUAUUUUAAUUCAUCAAAAUCUAAAUGGUUCUCCAAAGACUCGUUCUUUUAUUAGCCCAAACUUCAGACCAUUGAAUUAGAUGGCACUCAAAGUCCUGAUCAAUUGAUGCAAGUGUUUUGAACCCAUUGUAUGUCUACAUCAUUGGCAUGGACAGUCAAUCACUACAAGGUGUUGUAUUGAACUUUGAAACCUCAGCAUUUCAGUCUUAAUUGUGUUGCCCUUCAUGUAAUAGAUGUUUUUGUAUAUUUUCUUGAAAGAAUGCAAAUUGCUCUAACCCCAUUCUGUGGGCAAAUACAUUUUCUACACUUUUCAAACCAAAGGGCUUUCUACCCUAAGUAGUUGACUCUCUCUGCUCUGAUUGUGCCAAAUUUGAAAGGAAGUGAAAGUAUUUCAAGGUAUAAAGAGCUUGAUGUCUUGGUUGUGUGGGACUUGUUUGUGCAACUCCACUGGUUGUCUGGAUAAAUGUAAAGUGCCAAACCAGUCUAGAGAGUAUAAACAAAAGUUAGGAGAAAUAGUCAGAAGCAAUAAUUAGCAUAAAAAUGUAUUGGGCUUCAGGCAUAAAUCCCUUGAGACAAAAACAUACUUAGAUCAAAAUUCUUGUUUCACCUAUGGAAUUUGAACUGCUUCAUUGUGUACUAGUUUGGGUAAAUUCAAUGUUGGCCUCUGUCCUGUCUUUAUAGGUGGAAAUAGUGAGAGGGGUAUGUUAUUUUGUUUAUUUACUGAAAUAGAAUAUUUUAAACAUUUUUUAGUUAAUUUGGAUAAAAGUCUGAAUUGUCUGUUACAGAACUUUGUUACAAAUGCUGAUUUUUUUUUAUUGUAAUGCAAUCACUGUAUACUAGAAUAUUGGAACUUUUUGACAUGCUGAGACCUUCAUUGGGGUGUUACCAAAUGCCCAACAGUCAUAGGGAACUACAGUACAAUAUUUUGCAAGGCACUGUAUGUAGCAGGUGAUUUGGAUAAAGUUUUACAUCUAUGAAAAUAGAAAAUGCUGGAACAACUCAGCAGGGCAGGCAGCAGCUGUGAGGAGGAACUAUUCACACUUUAAGUUGAAGACCAGGGAGAGGGAUUUCCAUCAAAUUGUUUAUGUAAGUGAAAUAAAAGCAAUAAAGAAACUGUUCUGAAAUUGUA